UGCAGAAGCCACACCACACCAACGUUGUCUUUUUCAUUCGAGUGUGUUCUUUCUUUCUCUCUGGUGAUUGAUUUUCCAGAAGAAGCUAAACCCCUUUAUCCAUCCCUGAAAGCUUCUUCAAUCGGAGCGCAAGAACACGAUGUCUGCUCGAUUGGUGAAGAGGAUUCUGAACGAGCAACAACACCUUCCUCAUCAACUUAGCGAAGAAGAAGAAGAAGAUGAUGAUGAUAAUGAAAACGGCUCUACUUUUGUCAACCCCUUUGAUCUCCUCAACGACCAUGAUUCUGAACCCGAACCCCAGGAAGAUGAGUCGACAUCGGCCAAUGAAACAUUGGUGACAUCUUCAUUGAAAGAUUCUGCUCAGAUUUCAACAUCCAAUCCAAAGUCAAAGAAAAAGAAGAAGAAGAAGAAUAAAAACAAGGAUAAUGCUGUUGCCAGUAAAACGGGAGGUGAAAAAGAGUUGGACUUGAUCCUAGAGGAUUUAUCUCUGAAUGCUAGCCCUUCAGCUGAGCAGCAUAUAUCUGCUGAAGCCAAAGCAGUGAAUGCCAAAGACAAAAACAGAUAUGUUAAACAGAACUCCAUCUCCAUAUUACAAGUGGAUCCUAAAUAUUUGAAUGCUGAAAAUGAGCUGAGAAGAAUAUUUGGAUCUAAGGUUGUGAAAUCGUUUGAGACUAGCAAUCAAGCCAGCAGUUCUAGGCAGAUUCGAGGGGUGAGGCGUGGACGCCAUAAUCUUAAAAAGACUGUUCUUGUCACUCCAGCAAGCAAUUGGGUCCAAUGUGAUGAUUCUUUGUCAAUGGAAUUUCUGGAAACAAAGAAUGGAUAUAACUACUUCAGAUAUGUACAUUCAUCAUCCUACUCCCAAUCUCAGAGAGCAUUUGAAGCUGCCAAGGCAAUUAAUGACAUAAAUGGUGUAGCGAGCAUAUUACAGUACCGUCCUUAUCAUAUAGAUUCCCUUCUAACAAUGGCAGAAUAUUUCAAGGUAUUGGGUGAACAACAGAUGUCCGCAGAUUCCAUUGCUAGGUGUCUAUAUGCCCUUGAAUGUGCGUGGAAUCCGAUGUUCACCCCACUGCAGGGAAAUUGCCAACUGAAGUACGGACAUGAUACAAACAAACCUAUAUUCACAGCUCUUUUUACUCACAUGAAAAAUUUGGACAGGCGUGGCUGUCAUAGAUCUGCGUUAGAGGUCUGCAAAUUGUUGCUUUCACUAGAUGCUGAUGAUCCCAUGGGGGCUAUUUUCUGCAUGGACUACUUUGCUUUAAGGUCUGAAGAGUAUGCAUGGUUGGAAAAGUUUUCUGAAGAUUAUAAAAGUGAUAACUCCAUUUGGUUGUUUCCGAACUUUUCUUAUUCCCUUGCCAUUUGUCGGUUUUACCUUGAGCGUGAGGCCUCCAAAGAUGCUUGUAUUGAUUCUGACAAGGCUUCUUCAUCUGAUCUUAUGAAACAAGCAUUGAUGCUUCAUCCUUCAGUCAUAAAGAAGCUAGUAACAAAAGUACCUUUGAAAGAGCGCAUAUGGACAGAUAUUCUCAAGCACACCUUUUUCCUAUCAGAUCAAACUGGAAGUCCAUCUCAAGAUCACUUGAUUAGUAUAUAUGUUGAAAGAAAUUAUCUUAUAUGGAGGCUUCCUGAUCUGCAGAAACUGCUAAGUGGCGCUGCAAAACUUGUGAUUGAAACCCUGGAGAGUAAUAAAAGCGAACUUACGGAUUGGGCUUGUGUCAGAAAAGAAGUAUUUUCAUCUGAGAAAAAUGAGUAUGGGCAUUUAUUGGUAUCUGAUUUCUCUGAUUCAGUGUCAUCAAUUCCACCGGAAAAUCUACAACAGUUCAUGGGGGUUCCUGGAAUGAGGGAGGCUAUGCAGGACGAGAACCAGUUUGCUAAUCUGCCUGGCAAUGGCCAUGCUCCUCCUCGCGAGGUUGCAAAUAGGAAUGCACUCGCUGUCUUGUUUGAGUCGAUGCUGCCGUGGGUUACUUAUGAGGAUAUGGAGGAUGAUGGGCCUGAUGAUGAUCAUGGCCACAGGCAAGAGAAUCAGUGAUACUGGAUUCAACUUGGCCUUCCUUCUCUUCUAAAGGCCUUUUUUUGUGGGGUGUGUUGAACACUUGAACUAAAUGAUGAGAUGUUUUACUUGUACAGAGCGACACCUAGGGAGCUUUGGUACCUUAUGUUAUAAUUUUGAUCUUUGUCUGGAAACUCUAGAUGCAUAAAAAUUACCAUAUAAUUCUGAGGGGUAGUUUUAGGGAUAUUGAGGUCAAAUGUUGCACUUUUGUCCGUUAUGAAUUUUCACUUUGAUUUGCUUCUGAACUUUCUUGAACAGUUAUUUAAUCAUGUAUUGUCUUGUCCCA